CGCAUUCCUCCUCAUCCAGCUCGUGCUGUGAAUGGACGGCUGCCGUUCUUUUCCGGCUGCACCUGCUCAUCCCACCAGGAAGUGCUGGGCGAUAAAUCCUAAAGUAAUAAUCCCUUUUACCUGGAGCGAAAGGAGCGAACAAACAUUAUUAUGCAGUAUAUCCGGGGAAAGCCCUCCGAUUAGAUUCAUGUGAUCGACGCGCGCGAUUAAUGCAGGGUAAAAAAAACACCGUCAACUCCCUGCAAGUUGGGGUUAUUGUUUUCCUGCGGUGUAGCGUUUAGUUUUUUUGCGGUCCUAACCUCCCUCCGGCAAUGGGAUGCUGUGGAAGCGCAGAGAGGCCAAAAAGAGACUGGAAACCUUUGGAGGAGCGGAACUGCACGGAUCUGCCAUGGUUCCUCUUAUUUACAUUGUUCCUUAUGGGAAUGUGUGGCAUCUGUGGGUUUACCAUCGCGACUGGAGGGGCGGCGCGGCUCGUCUUUGGAUAUGACAGCUACGGGAAUACAUGCGGCCAACGCAACGAGCCCAUCGAAGGGGUCCGGCUGAGUGGUCUUGACCAUACUGACAGAAAAUUCGUCUUUUUCCUGGAUCCGUGCAACAUAGACAUCAUUCAGAGAAAAAUUAAGUCAAUGGCGCUGUGCGUGUCACAAUGUCCCUCUGAGGAACUGGCAACUUACUAUGACCUCAAGAAGUUUGCCAUGAUGAAUGGGUCCGAGCUUUGUUCAUACGAGUUACCUGGUCAUAAGUACCCAAGCCUUUCAGAGCGCUUCGAAAAAUGUCCCAAACUUCCAGUUCCAGAGAGCAAAGCUCUUCCAGUGUUUAACCGCUGCACGCCGGUGGAUAUUUCCUGCUAUGCUAAGUUUGCUGAAGCGGUGGUCACGUUUGUCAGUGAUAACAGCAUGUUAAACAGGCUGAUUGCUGGGGUGGCAGCCAGCAAAGAGAUCAUUGUUGGGCUGUGUCUGCUGGCGUUAGUUUUGUCCAUGAUCCUCAUGGUGAUCAUUCGUUACAUCUCUGCUGUCCUGGUUUGGAUCCUCACUGCACUGGUGAUUCUGGGUUCCCUGGGAGGUACCAGCGCUCUGUGGUGGUUGUACAUAGACUAUAGAAUGACAAUGAAUGAGACCACGACUAAAGAUCUGAGAGAAACAGAAAAACCCAACGGUGGCAUGAAGAACACCAAAAACCACGCUCAAGGACUGCUCAUCUACGCUGUUUCAGCGACCGUGUUCACUGGAAUUUUGUUGCUUCUGAUGUUGUUUAUGAGAAAGAGGGUUGCUCUGACCAUCGCCCUGUUCCACGUGGCGGGAAAAGUGUUUAUCCACCUGCCACUGUUGGCACUGCAGCCCUUCUGCACGUUCCUUGCUCUUUCUCUGUUUUGGGUCUACUGGAUCAUGGUCCUCCUCUUCCUCGGCACCACUGGGAACCCCGAGAAGAGCGAGGAUACUGGGCUGGUUGAGUUCAGGCUCACAGGAGUGCUGCAGUACAUGACCUGGUACCACGCAGUGGGACUGAUCUGGAUCAGUGAGUUCAUCCUUGCUUGUCAGCAGAUGACCGUAGCUGGUGCGGUGGUAACCUACUAUUUCACAAGGGACAAAACCAAACUCCCGGUGACGCCCAUCCUGUCAUCAGUGCUGCGGCUGGUGCGUUAUCACCUGGGCACUGUGGCCAAGGGCUCCUUCAUCAUCACCCUCGUCAAGAUCCCACGCCUCAUUCUCAUGUACAUCCACAACCAACUCAAAGGAAAGGAAAACGCUUGUGCACGCUGCAUGCUGAAGGCCUGUAUCUGCUGUCUGUGGUGUCUGGAGAAGUGCCUCAAUUAUUUGAAUCAGAAUGCAUAUGCGGCAACGGCCAUAAACAGCACCAGUUUCUGCACCUCGGCCCGCGACGCCUUUAUGAUCCUGGUGGAAAACGCUCUUAGGGUGGCAACCAUCAACACCAUUGGAGAUUGUGUUCUCUUCCUGGGCAAGAUCCUGAUUGUGGCGUGCACGGCGUUCUCUGGGGUGUUAGCGCUGAACUAUCAGAGAGAUUACACCGAGUGGGUCCUGCCGCUCAUCAUCGUGUGUCUGUUCGCGUUCCUUGUGGCACACUGCUUCCUGUCCAUCUUCGAGAUCGUGGUGGACGUGCUCUUCCUCUGCUUUGCCAUCGACACCAAAUACAACAACGGCACACACGGGGGGGAGUUCUACAUGGACAAGGCCCUGAUGGAGUUUGUGGAGAACAGCAGGAGGUCAAUGGCGAUGGAGGAGCGGGGGCGCAGCAAGCGUGCCCGUCCCAAGGAAGAGGUAGAGUUGACGGAGGUUAAGGCCAUGGUGAGUGGUGAUGUGGGCGUGGCAGGGGCGGAGUGGCAGGCCUUGCAGGAGUUCCACCUGUACUACCUGCUGCUGUGUGUGCUGAUGGACUGGGUCCUGUCGGAGAACACACUGGUGCUCUGCCUCACACAAGACAUGAUCAUCUUCCUGUCUGUCUGCCUGCCCACGUCCACCCUCUUCUUCCUGGUCACGUUGCUCCAGAACACACCGGUGGCUGCUGCUGCAUGCUGACUAACGCUUCCUCACCUCCUUCAUCCAUCUAUCACUUCAUCUAUACUUUCUAUGCAUCGCACUAACAGAGCAUGAACUUCUAUUUUUCUAUCUGUGGAUUAUAAUUAUUUUUUCAUCUUUUUUCAUUCCAUUCUUGCCUCUUCUUUUUUAUUGACUGUCUUGAACUCAUAUGGCAGCUAUAAACUGUAUUGUACUAUAUAUCCAUUGCCUUAAAAUCACCAUGUUGCUAUUUGGAGGAAAGAUAAUUGAAACUACCAAGCUGGAAAAACAAGAAGAGUAGAGAAAAAUAAAGACAUUAUCUCUCACGCUGAUAUUCAUAUUCAUAUUUCCACGACUCUCAAUUAGCAAAUUAGCUGAUAACCACAAGACUCCUUGCUUUCUGGAUAAACAAUGGAAAAUUAUGCAGUUUCACUAUUAGAAUUAUAAGUGGGUCAGGAGGGAAACAGUUUGUUUGGAAGCAUGAGAUUAGGACUGACUGUAUAUGGGUUGUUUACAUGAAAUGUUAAUCAUUUCUGUAUGAUUUUCCACAAAAUGAAUAGUCAGUUUAUUGUAGGAUGUCUAGUUAGUUUUAAAGAAAACCAUCUGACCCUGAUCACUCAGUAAUUGACAAUUCAUGCUUUAUUUAAAGGGAUAGUUCACCCAAAAAACACUCACACUCAUGUCAUUCCAAACCCAUAAGACCUUCGUUCAUCUUCGGAACACAAAUUAAGAUAUUUUUGAUGAAAUCUGAGAGCUUUCUUACCCUGCGUAGAGACAGCAAUGCAAUAGAUGCAUUCAAGGCCCUGAAAGUAGUAAGGGCAUUGUUAAAAAUGUCCAUGUGACAUCAGUGGUUCAACCGUAAUUUUAUGAAGCUACAUGAAUACUUUUUUUGCACAAACUAGGCUCCACUUUCAUUUGAUGAGCAAAAACAUUCCAUGUGUCUGCUAUGGGAGUAUGUAUGUUUGGUAAGCAGGAAACGAAAUUCAGCAGAAAGUGUGGAUUUUUUUAUGUCAACAACAAAUGGACAUGUUCAGUUAUCCACUGUAAAUACAACUGUAAUUCCACUCAGCUGUAGGGGACUCAGAAGUCGCAAAAAUACACAAAACUACAUGCAGUUGCUUUAGAAAUUCAUUAUCAUAUUUAAAAGUGCACAAUACAUUUGUCAACUACCCAUAUACUUCCCAUGUUCCUGAAAUUCUGUUACUAUGAAUAGUGUUGAUGUGUUUUAGGGCUGAGAAUCUGGUUUCCAUCAUAACAGCCGUAUGCUCCAUAUGCAUGCUUCUCACACCUGCUUUUUUGUGAUGCAAUUUAAAAAAAAAGUAACCCAUUUUUUGGCAUUCUGUUGCUUGAAAUUGAUUGAACUGUACUAACUCCUCCAGAUCCAGAUGAGUUGAUGAGUUGUAGGUUUGUUUAGGAGUAAACAAGACUAAUAACGUGUUUC